UGCGGGGUGUGCGGGUUCGUGACCCGGGAGCGUGUGCCCCAGGGCCCGGCGCUGGAGGACAGCCUCAACACCCUCUUCGCGCCGCUCAUCAUCUCCUGCGCCGCGCUGCUGGAGAAACUGGCCGACACCUACACCUGCUUCGCCACCGAGCGCGGGCGGCACCUCCACGUCCUGCACAUGGUGGGGGACUGCCUGUACAUCGCCGUGAACGGUGACGGGACGGAGAGCGAGGAUGAGCUGCGCCGGACGCUGUUCGUGCUGCGGCGCUUGGUGGAAGCUCAUUGCGGGCUCGUCAUGCUCGACUCCCACCUCAUCCGCAAGGAGUGAGUGAGCACGGCCGGCCGGCACGGGUUGGCACACCGGGCUCCUGGGCUGCUUGGCUCUGGAGGGGGGGCUCAGCAGCCGUUCCCCCUUCCUGCCCCCCAGGCCGUGGAGCGGCUGAUUCACCCCCAGCUGUGCGAGCAGUGCAUUGAAUUCCUGGAGCGACAGGUCGUGCAGUACAUCAACACCAGCCCAGAGCGAGGGGGGGACGAGGUGGCCCAUGCCUUCCUACUGGUGCACACCAAGCUGCUGGCCUUCUGCUCCAGCCGCAACACCAGCUCCAUCCGGCCUGCUGACCUGCUCGUCCUCAUCCUCCUGGUGCAGGACAUGUACCCCAGCCAGAGUGCCGAGGAAGAGCUCAGUCCCCAGCCUGCACCAGAGAAUAUGCUCCCCCAGGGACCCAAGAGAAGUGAGAGCAUCCCUGUGAGCAGCCCUAGCUCCCAUGGAGCUGCAGAGAAGGACUCAGAUGACCAGGACACAGAUGAUCUCUCACUGCCUGAGGUUUACUACACGCCCAAGCCCUCACCAGGCAGGGACAGCACAGGCAGCCAGAGCUGGUUAGAGGACGCUGAGGUGCUGACUGCUAGUGAGGCAGAUGCUGCAGAAGUCCAGAUGGCAGAGGACUUGCUGCAGACCUUGGAGCCUUUGGUCCCUGAAGCUUCAAAUCCCAGAAGGAUCUUUCUGGAUGCCAACCUGCGUGAAGGUUACUGCCCCUUGCUGCCACACACCAUGCACUGCCUCCCGCUCUGGCCGGGCAUCUCCCUUGUCCUCCUGACCAAGGGUGCCACAACCCAGGUGGCCGUUACUUUAUACCAGCUACUGGAUGGUUUCUUGGUGCUGGAGAGGAAGCUGGAAGAGGGGCCAGAAGCAGGAGCCCCACGCUCCUACCCAUUUCUGGCUGAGCUGCGGCAGCGCAUGGACAAGUUUGUGAAGAAGCUGAGUGGUCAGGACAUCCAGCUGCAGAAUGCCUGGGUGGACUUCAAGAACAAGAUAUUCUCCCGAAGCGAGACUGCAAGCUCCUUGGAGAUGCUGCAGGCAGUGGCCAAUGUGAAGCGGCAGCUCUGCUCCGUCUACCGCCAGCUCUUCCUGGGCUCUGCCAGCCAUAGCCUGUCCCAGGCGCUGCGGGACCGUGCCCAGAAGCUGAUGAGGGAGAAGCUGCUGGACUGGCGGGACUUUCUACUGGUGAAGAGCAGGCGCAAUAUCACCAUGGUGUCAUACCUGGAGGACUUUCCUGGCCUUGUGCACUUUGUCUAUGUGGACCGCACGACUGGGCAGAUGAUGGCACCAUCACUCAGUGUGACAGAGAAGUCCAGCUCAGAGCUGGGCAAGGGCCCCCUGGCUGCCUUCAUCAAGAGGAAGGUCUGGUCCCUGGUUGCAUUGGCCCGGCGAUAUCUACAGAAGGGCUACACGACACUUGUGCUGCAGGAUGGUGACUACUGCUGUUCCUACUUCCUCUGGUUUGAGAAUGAGCUGGGCUACAAGCUGGAGGUGAUGGAGGUGCCAGUUCUCUCAGAUGAUUCUCCUCCUAUUGGAAUGCUGGCAGGAGACUACUACAGGAAGCUACUGCGUUACUACAGCAAGAACCACCAGGCAGAGGUAGUGAAGUGCUACGAGCUGCUGACUGUGCACCUGGGCAUCAUUCCCUCUGAGCUCGUGGUCCAGCAGGCCUGUGACUUGGCCCGGCACCUCUGGGAGCCCUCCCGCAUCCCCCUGCUCUGA